UCUAUUGCAAGAUAAAACUUUAUGUUUGUUAUUUUUUUCAUUACCACUGGUCUCCCUACUGUGCUGAUGACCAACAAGCAACCAACAAUGCAAAAUGUUUUUCACCAAAAAACCUAAAUGUCAUAAAUAAUAUUCUCUGUUAUCAGGACAGGUGCUUGUCACGUGAACUUUUUUUUUUUUUUUACUGUCGAGCCAAGGUAGUGAAGUGCCACUCCCACAGAGAUAUAAUGGACUAAUAUUUUAUAUCUGUGUGGCCUCUUCUCUCCAUAGAUAUAUAUAUACUUCUCUCCCAUCAUGAGAUAAAGUUUUACGAUCAGUUUUUUCGACAAUAAUGACCGAGUGAGUUCCGCGUGCUGCUGUCAUAUGCGCGUGAACUGUGUGUUCCGCGGCGCGAGGCUCUGCCGUGUCCCGGAGGAAGUCUUUGAAGAUGCUGCACAGAGACAAAACAACACCGGAGCUUCAGCUUCACAGUUGCCUGUCUCUGAAUCCCAGGUAACGAUGGAGACCAAGUUUGGCGAGAGACCAAAUGCAGGUGCCUUCAUCUCCAACACUCAGAGUGAAGCAGUGGCCAAUGAGCUGCAAGAGCUGUCCCUGCAGCCGGCCCCCAGCCUGCUGCCAGUCAGACAGAGGAAGGAUGUUCUCCAGCUGAAGUUGCAACAGAGAAGGUCCAGAGAGGAUCUGGUCAAGCAGGGGAUCAUGCCGCAGACUCGGUUUCCAAAGGCUUCGGGGGAUAACUCAUCAUGUGAUGAGGACAGCAAUUACAGUCUGUCUCCAGAGCAGCCGGUGAGCCAGGAGUCUCCUCUGGGCCUGCUACCUCUGCCCUCUCCACCCGAGACGCUGCCUGAGAGCAGCAUCCCAUCUCCUGCACAGGUCUCUCCUCCUGCUCCUGCUCUCCCACCAAUCUCUGGAUCCUGCCCCUUAUUUAAGCUGACCAAUGGGACAGCAGCAUCGUCUGUGCAGAGGGCAGGGGUGACCUCACAGAUCAAGUCCCAGCUGAAACCAAACUCUGACCGCUCUGCACAGAGACACAAGAAACCAAAGGACAACAAGCCAAAGAUUAAAAAGUUAAAGUACCAUCAGUACAUCCCUCCUGACCAGAAGGGAGAUAAAGAGCCUCCUCCCCAUCUGGACUCGUCUUAUGCCAAAAUCCUCCAGCAGCAGCAGCUCUUCUUGCAGCUCCAGAUCCUCAGUCAGCAGCAGCAGCACUAUAACUACCAAGCCAUCCUGCCUGCACCACCCAAACCUCAGACUGAUCAGCAGCCUUCUUCCUCUUCCUCCUCCAAUUCCACGACCACCUCCACCCCACCUCGACCUGUCACUGCUCCUUCAACAGCCCCCUCUAAUCAGGGCGGCCACAGCCGACAGAGUUCUGCUCCUUUAAACGGGAUAAAACCAGUGUCCCUACCUCCAAACCUGGAUGAAAUGAAGGUCGCAGAGCUGAAGUCCGAGUUGAAGCUGCGCAGCUUGCCAGUCUCUGGCACCAAAAACGACCUAAUUGAGAGGCUGAGGACCUACCAGGAGCUUAAUGGAGGCAGUGACACUACCUCCUCUCCAACAGCAGGGGGUACCACAAGGCCAGGGGCUGAGGGAGCGGGAAAAUCCUCCAUAACUGCUGCAAGCACCACCAACAACACAUCCCAACAACAGUUUCCAUUUCAGCGCCAUCAGACAUCUUCUAUGGCUGCUGAUGCAGGAGGGAGUGCAGCCACUUCUCAGCAGCUCAUGAUCCGCGGGGGAACAGUCUCCCCCACAGUUGCCUCACUUACCCCCCCUGACCACUCGCUGGGCACCAUGAGCCCAGAAGAUACCAGCUAUAAGAGCAGCGACCCCUUGGGGGAAAUGCUGAGUUCACCUUUCACCCAGGUGAGCCUUCAGCCAUGUUCAGCUGCUCAGCUCCAAAUCAACAUUAAAGAAGAGCCGAAGUCUUCCACCCCAGCACCUUGUCAGUUCUCUUUAAAGCCAGCCUCUCUGCAGAAACAUGUCCUGGUCUCGGCGUCGGCCCUCAAAGCUCCAGUGAUGACUGCGGACAAAGACAGGAUGCUGCAGGAGAAAGACAAGCAGAUAGAGGAGCUGACGAGGAUGCUGAAGCAGAAACAGAGGCUGGUGGAGGUGCUGAUGAUGCAGCUGGAGCAUGGAAACAGAGGAGGACAGGAGCCGCUGGUUCUCGUAAGAGUUAAACAAGAACCUCCUGAUAAGGCCAGCGUCCCUCUCUCGUUUGGGCGCCCAGCAUUCCCCCCUCCACCCUCACCAGUUUCUCAUGAGAUGGAUGUCAUGAGGGUAACUGUUAAGCAGGAAGCCAUCGAGGCAGAGGGAGCUGCUUGUGAAACAACUAUGCAAUUACCAGACACUCAUGGAUUAGCGCAGUCCUUGACCCGAACUGAGGAGGGGCAGGAGCAGAGUCAGCUCAAAAACAAGCCAGAGCAGAUGAGCACACAGACAAAACAACAACACAUAUGCCUGCAGCAAACCACUCUGCAGCUGGCCCAGCAACAGGCCAUACAGAAACUUUUAUUACAGCAACAGCACAUUCAGAAUCGAAGUCAGGCGGCAGAGAACCUGCAGAAACUUUCUCAGCAGAGAAAGAAGAAAUCUCACAAACAGCAGUUGAAACAACUGCAGCAGCAGCAACAGCAGCAACUGUUGCAGUCACAGCAGCAGCACCAACAGUCAAAACAACAUCACCAGCAGAUGCAGCUGAAGCAACAGAUUCUACUGAAGCAACAGAAGUCGUUUUUACAGCAGCAGCAGCAGAAUAAACAACUGCAACAACUUCAGAUACAGACCAAGAUACAUCUGAAGCAACAGCAGGUGAUCAUACAGCAGAAACAACAGGCGCAACAGCAGGCACCACAGGUGUCUCAAAUGUCCUUCAACCAGCAGUCAGACUCAGCCCCGACGCUGGUCACCGACAGCAAUGGCAACCACUUCCUGAUUGCAUUAAACAGUAACGUCACUGGGAACCACAGAACUGACGCACCUGGGAGCAAAACAACCAGUCAAAUCACACUGCAGCGAUUACAGUCUUCUCCAGCCAAGCUCCCCAGCCACAACCCUGUUCAGCUGCCCAAAGCUGAUAAUCAAUCCAAACAGAGCAUGCAAGGGGGAUUUGUGAGUCAACAAGAGACAAAGCCACAGAAUGGGGGACUUCAGGUAACUGUGGACCAGCCUCAGUGUUUGUCAGCACCUCCCAGUCUGCAGCCAUUCUUCAAGGACCAGGACACUGCUCCCUCAGGGAAAAACUCCUUAUCACCUUCCUCUCAAACUGAAGUGUGUCCCAGUCUGGAUGUCUUGUUUAGUCCUCUGUCUCCAGCUUCCUUUAAGACAGCUGCAUCAUCGCCUGAUAACAAAGAUACAGAGCAGGAAGAUGAUUUUAUUGACAUCAUUUUGCAGACAGGAGAAAUGUCGACCACCUUCAAACCAGCACCAGACCCUUCCUACUCCUCUCCUCCUCCCUCCCCACUCCAGAUGUUGCUAUCACCCCCCCUCCCACCCAGCUGUGACACCCCACAGUCGGCCUCCUCGGUUCAGUCGGAGCUCCACGCUCUGGCCGACGCCAUAGAAGACAAACGACACCUCAGUAGCAGCGAAAGUGGACGCCUGGAGGACUUUCUGGAGAGCACCACGGGUAAGCCUCUCCUGGGGGUGGAGCCUGGAGGCCUGUUGACGUUAAUUGAUGACCUCCACAGUCAGAUGCUGUGCACCCCCAGCAUCCUGGACCAUCCCUUGUCUCCAAUGAAUACCUUCAACAUGGCAGUGGAGGGGGAGCAGGGGCUCGACGGUAUGGAUUGGUUGGACCUCACCAUGGGAGAAGAGAGGGAGGAGGAGACGCCCACACUGGCUCCUCUGUGCCCCCAAACACCCCCGAGUGUCUUUUCCAUGGACUUCCUGGACAGUGCUGACCUGCAGGUACACUUGGACUCCUGUCUAUAGCAGUCGGGGAGCAAACAUGUUGCUCAGUUACAUGCACCUACAGUUACACACAUGCACAAAAGCAUGUAAUUGAUUGCUGAGGCUUCAGUAUCUGAUGAGAGCACUCCUCCUGUUUCUUCUCACACACUGGUGUAUUGAAUCUUGGAGCACUUUGACCUUUUAUUUAUUUUAUUUACACACUGGUGUAUUGAUUUUUCAGACACAUAUUAGGCAGGUCCUAUAUCUGUCCUUGCUGCUUUAGGAGCAGUUUUGUCAACACAUUAGAGGGACUGCUGUGGAUUUGGAUAAUUAAUGAGACACGUUUAGCUGAGCCAUGAAACCGUUCCUUAUAUAUAAAUUCAUCUUUUCUUGACACAUGUUACAGUGAAGGGGUGUAUCAGGUGACCUUUGUCUAAUUAGGAGUGCAAAUCCUUAGUUUCCUUUUACAGUAAAGAUAAUCUAUAGUUUACCACUACAGCUAAUCAAUAACUAAUGUUAAGGUGAAAGAUAAUGAUUCUUAAAGGAUGAACUAGAGACGUUUACAGACGAGCUGCACUCCGAUGCAUGGCCAUAGUUCAAAAGACGUCAUUAAAAAAAGUAAUGCAAGGUAACACAACUUUUUUGAAACUGCUUAACAGUCAUAGUGUCCAAGUUUUAAACAUAAUGUUGGUUUUUGUUGCACUGAAAGUGCUAAUACAGUUGUAUCUUAUUAAGCCGUAGUAGUAAUAUUACAUGCAUAAAGCAGACCCCCUUUACUACUUUUCAUUAAUUUAUAGAAAGCCAAAUAUCUACUGUUUUUAAAAUGUCAUGGUGGUUUCAUUGUGCCAUUCCAUUACUGAAAAAAAAAAAAACUAGGAUGGAUCUGGGAGAGCACGGACCUCGACCAAGGCCAGUGUUGCAUUAAAAUGCUCCUUGGAUGGUCACAUUUUCCAAGUAUGGAAGCCAUAUUGGAUUUUUGUGUCAUCCUAGUUGUAUUUUAUUGCUUAGAGUGUUUAAACAACACAAUGAUAGUUGUUUCCAUUAUUUGCUUGACAACAAAGAGCAAAGGAAACCAAUCAGGUGAGUCAUGAAAUAUGACUGGGACAAUUCCAAUUAUUCAGACGACACAUGAAUGCAACACAAAUGUCGGCCCUAUCUAUUCUGUCUCGGCACUGUGAGUUUCCAUGCUUCACAUUUAUACCAUGAAAAUUAGGCCACUAAUUCUUCUGUAAUGCUGUUUACAGAGAAACUGCACCAAAAAACUAAAAAAGUACUACAUUUCCAUUGUUUUUUUUUAACUCAAAAUUAUGAAAUACUAAAUCAGAAUCUUCUUUUACAAUGUUAAAAGGUUUCAAUGAUUUCUCACACUCCUGCAGUGUUACAGUACAGCAUCAUCACACAAAAAAAUGUCACCAAAGUAAGUAAGAUACAAAAACUCUGAGGUCUGUUCCCCAAAUCCACUGCAGUAUUCAGGCUUUAGUUUAAAUGAAAGUUAUAGUUUUCGAAUGUUUAAGGAAUUCCCAGAGAGCUUGAAGAAGUAUCUCACAGCCUUCCCUUAGGUAAGAAAAAUAUUGAGCACUUAACAGUCAAUAUUGAAUGCUGAGUACCUGCUGUGUACUCAGGCUGCUGUGGAAACAGAACAGCUCUAAUUUACUGUAUUAGUGAGUUCAAACCAGAGCAGAAGCACAUUUUCACUGUGCAUUACUCCCACAUUUGUGCUCAUUCAUGUUACUCAAAAGAUAGGCCAGCAUUUACAAGGAUGUCAUUACUUUUCAGCAUUGACCAUGGCUGAAAUAUCCACUAUUACUUCUUUGUAACUGUUGUGGGAUUCCAAGAUACGUCAGAAAACCAAAUGCUGUCAUGUCUGGAUAAUAAUAAUGACCCAGAGGUGCAAACAGCUCGGUGAAUAUCACCUCCUUCUCCAGGAGCUGUCUGAUGACUGCCACUAUGCUGCUGCUACAGCGAUAUGAACCCAGAAUAAACAACUUUUUGCUGUGAUUUCUUUACAAUAAAUGCUUUAGAAGCAUGCCGAAAUAUCUAUAGCAUGAGGCUGAAGUGUAAAAAGUCAGAAUUCAAGCUUUGUCAGUUCUAGGCAAAUAACUUUUAAAUUGUAUGUUUUCUGAAUGGAGUUGGGCUUGAUCUGAGCUAUGCUAUGCAGGAGAAUCUAAAUGCCGAUGGGCUUUCACAGCAUUCAAAGAUACAAAUCCUGCUUCUACUCGCGUCUUUGCAUUCACUUUGUAUGUAAUGUGCACACAAAAUAAUUAGCUUUGUGUCUCGUGUAAACAAACCAUUACAAUGUAUGCAAGCAUACUGAUUUAACUUAAAAGUAUUUAAGAAUGUGUUUUAAAAAGAGUCCUUGAAAAAAUUUCAUACACAACACAACACUUCUGUGUCUUGAAGGAACUAACAAACCUAAAUUUGAAAAAUACAUGCUUGUAACUCACUCAGUCAAAGUGCUUUUGAGGUUUUACCUUCUGGUCUGACAAGGAUUCCUGCAGAUAAUGAUGGUCCAAUUAAUUUGGGACGAAAAAUUCAUAUUAUAUUUGUGCAUAUUCAGUUUUGUUUUUUUAAUAGAAUUGCACUUUGAAUGUGUCAUGCGUCUUAAUGUUUUAUUUGACAUAAUGUGACUUUAUAGCUUUAUGAAUGUCUUUGGUAUGAAGUCCUCUGAAUGUAAACACAUAAGAGCAAUGUCAGUGCAUAAAGUUCGGUACCAGCAGGUUUUUGUGGUAAUUUUGGACACUUCUAGUCUUGAAAACUGCCAAACUGUAGUUUCACUCCCUUUCUGUUUGCACUUGUGUUAAUGCACAAGUACACAGAUAAUAUGAAAGAAAAGGAAACUCCUGCAGCUUUUGAGAUUCUUGACAAAAUUCCUUCCUUAUAAGGAUUUUUGUAAUAAUAUGGUUGUUGCUCCUGUCCUGUACUGUAUCAGUACUUUUGCCAAUGGGGAUUUAUUAAUGUCCCUUUCCUUUAUGAGAAUUUACAUUGCUGUAUUAUACCAGUUUAGACACUGAAAAUGUAUUAUAAGAUGCAUUUGUUUGUAUAGUUUCCCCGUUUUUAUCUGUGAAUAUAGGUUUGUGUGUACUGUGACUAAUUCUGACAAAAUGUCUGUAUUGUGAAACCAAAACGUCUCUUGGGAAAACCUUGAAGACUUACUGCAAACACAAGCGCAUCCAACCAGUUCAUUUUUGAUUUACACUGUCUUUUGGAUAUAUCAUUUUAUGCCUUAAUGCAUUUGUCACCACAGACAUGCAACACCAUACUUGUGUUUGUUUGAUGCCCAGUACAACUGCCUUCACUUUCUGAAUUACUUACAGUCUUGCUGCUUCAAGGAUAGGUUCACACAUCAAAACUGGCCUUUAGGGGAUCUCUUCCUAAUGCUCUUUC